UGAUGGAUGUUGCAGAGGCCUUAAAUUUGGAAGGGAUAAAUCUUCACGGAUGCAUACAACUUCGAAAUAUCAAUCCAUCAAUUGGUCUUUUGAGAAAGCUUGUUUUUCUAUUUUUGGUGGACUGCAAAAGCCUAGUAAGCUUACCCAAUACUAUAUUGGGCUUGAGUUCUCUCAAAUAUCUGAAUGUCUCUGGCUGUACAAAACUUUAUAAAAAUGUGUUGCUAGAUGAAGCAAGGAACAGAGAGCAUUUGAAGAAGCUUCGUUUACUUGAAUCUCCUAUUCAAUUCCAGUCAACAUUGUCUCUCCUAAAAAAUAUGUUUCUGUGGCCUUUAGAUUUGUUGUAUCCGAAAGCACAGAGAGACUCGAUCAGCUGUUUGUUGCCCUCCUCUCCCACUCUCCCUUGUUUGCGUCUCCUUAAUCUAAGUUUCUGUAACUUAGUUCAAAUCCCUGACGCCAUUGCAGAGUUACGGUGCUUAGAAAAGUUAAAUUUAAAGGGAAACAAUUUUGUUACGUUGCCUAACCUCAAAGACCUUUCCAGACUGUAUUAUUUAGACUUACAGCAUUGCAAGCAAUUCAAAUACUUGCCUGACCUCCCUUCACGAACUCACUUACCCUCAAAAUUUUACAUGCGGCCAUUCCUACGUUUAAAAGUUCGGUCGGAUUCACUAUUUGGUUGGCUGAACGACCAUCAUUAUGAGGCAGGAUUAAUCAUUUUCAACUGCCCAGAAUUAGUUGAGAGGGAACGGUGCAUUAGCAUGAGUGUUUCAUGGAUGAUGCAAAUUUUUCAGGCGACCCAGCAAUGCAAAUGUCUUGAUGCAUCCAUUCUAUUAGCUACAAAUAUUCAAAGUAUUAUUCCUGAAAGUGAAAUACCGAGGUGGUUCAACAAUCAGUUUGUGAGCAUGGACAAUUCAAUAAUCAUUGAUCCAUCUCCCGUUACGCAUGACAAUAAUUGGAUUGGUGUUGUGUGCUGUGCAAUAUUUCGUCUAGGCAAUGAGUAUGAUGUGCGUUUUCCAAACCCAACAUAUCUUCAAUUUCCACGCAUUCCAAAAUUUCCCGUGGAUUUGAGAAAAGAUCCAGUCAUUGACCAGUCAGAUCACAUGAAGCUAUUUUAUUUCCGUCGGCAAGAUUUCACUCGACCAUGUUGGGUCGGAUCUGAUACUCGUAAAUUUAUUAGUUUGAAAUUGAGGAUGGAGGACAUACAAAUAUUUCAUCACGACAGACUUGGUUACCAGAAAUUUGUUACGGUGGAUGUGAAAAAAUAUGGGUAUCGAUGGGUAUAUGAGGAAGAUCAACAACCAAACUUUACAUUGAUGUAUGGCAAAAAUUUGACUGAUCUGAAGCGCAAGUUUUCAGUAAUUGAAGAAAACAGGUAGCUACCGUAUUUAAGCCUUUAUUCGACGUGGAAGCAUGAUUUGCUACCAUCAAACCACACAGAGAUGAACAGUAGAAGCACCGCAUUCAAAUUCCCCUUGACUUCUCUCAUAGGCACUCUACUUCUCUCUUCUCAAGAUAUAGUAUUGUUAUUGUAAAAUCCACUUCUUAUUGUCCAAUUCAUUCCUCCGUAUUAUAAUUUCUUUUAGUUUGUCUUCACAUGAACUUCAGGUACUUAAUGUUCUGACAGAUUUUAAUUGUGACUCACGGAGGUACUUUAAUAUUACUGUCUCACAUGAACUCCCAUAUGCAAGUUAACAUUAAAUAAACAGCUUCAAACACUGAUAAUGUCAUAUUUAAAUCAGAGGAAACAAUCGAGGAUGAAAAAAGACUUUGUUUUUCUAUGAAGUCGUUAUUUGUUUGCUUCUUUCGUGUUUUAUGAAUGCAUUUCACAUUUUGAUCCAGAAAGCUAUUCUCCUGAAGUAGCAUGCCACGAAGCUACUAACUUCAUUGUUUGAUUCGUACAGG